UCAGGUGGAGCAGAUAAGAUUUUUUAUUGUCCGAAGACGCAAAACCUAUCAGAAAUCGGUCCGGUCCGCGUUUGGGUGGAAUUUGAUAUCGAUGGAGCAUUACUUUUCGGAACCAAUUUUAUCGUCAGUGCGGAACAGACCGUGGAACUACGCGACACUAGUUGAUCCUUUCGAUUUCCGAAGAUUUUGAAAUCCGAUUACUGCAUUUUAUGAAAAAAUGUAAAACUUACUGUGAUAUGUUUUUAAUUCGGGACAAGACGUUAUUUUUACUGUGCAUCAUUUAUUAGGAGUGAUAUUUAAACGAAAUCAGACACAACUGUAAAAAUGGCAUUCGAAAACUAUAACGUGUUUCGAGCUUUUGCUAUUGUGGCUGGAGUGUUUGGAAUCUUUCAAUCGCUGAUAUGGAUUGGAUUUGCCAUAACAGGAAUCGUUGCAUUCUACUGCGACAUGGAUUUAACCGCCCAAACGGAAACGAUGGGAUCCCUGCUGACGCUGACGUUUUUCAAACAAUAUUUUGAGGGAACAUGUUUCCAGGCAAACAUUCCGUUCAUCGAUAUGACCGCAGUCCGUGCGCUCAAUCUUCUAUCACCCGGUGAUCUGCACGCUUGGGUAUGGGUCUACCUGAUCAUGCACCUCUUCUGGGCCAUCAGCUCUCUAACUUUACUCACAAAUGCUCGAAAACGUUACGUACGAUACAUCAACAUCUUCCUCUACAUCUGGAUCGCAUUCACGGUCACGAUCAGCAUUCUCGAUCUUGCACUAGGGAUACAAUUUGCCGUUGAUUAUGACACCAUUAUUCGCGCACAAUUCCUGGUUCCCUAUCCGGCAGUCACGGGAGCCGAUCAGGUCCUGACGGUAGCUUCGACCGUUUCCGGUAUCAUGCUGGUGAUGGCAUUCCGUGGAUGGAUCUUCUGGAUAUUCAAUGUUGGCCUGGCAGUUUAUAUGUUCACGCAGACAUUUAAAAUCUACGACUACAAUCAGCUCCGCAGAAAGAAUGGAAUGACCAACGGAGGCUUUGUCGGGGACAAUUCCGGAACGAGACGGCAACACAUUGAUGCUUAUGACAUGAGAGCAUCACCACCUGAUCCGAUGGAGGAUACCAGAAACCCAUACAACACCCAAGUAGUUGCCAACUACAGGCGCCCUCUGGAUCGUAUCAGUGAACAACCUAGAGACAUCGAAAGACCCGUUCAAUCUCCGGCCCAACAACAACUGAACUGGUCCGAUCAACAGAGAUCAUAUUCACCACAACAAUCCCAACAACCCCCAACCCCACAACAACAGAAUGUCCCCUCGGCCAUUCGAACCUUUGAACCACUAAGUCGAGCACCUCCAGCUCCCGAACCGAUCGUUGAAGUUCGUCCUGAUCCACCGAAACCGAUUCCACCUCCACCUCCUCCGAAGAACUUCAACAUGAACACCGUGGUGCGGAGAGACGUGGCCGCAGCGAAAGUGGCCCAGGAACUCAACUACCGGAAUAGUUUGAACUUCCCCAACAACAACGCCGGAAAUGCCGGAAGCAAUGGGCUGAGAACAUUUGCGCCGGUCAAUACGGCAACCGCAUCCGGUGGCGAUGGCGAUCUUCCGACGCCCAACUACAGUCCUCCGAUGCCACGAGCUAAUCCCUUCGAAAACCGACCCCCACUGAGAUCGGUUUUGCGGAACUCAAGAUAUCAGUAGCGAAAGGUUUUUCUAUAAGCCCUUUCGGAUUAGUACAACCCUUUAGAACGCAACAAACUCGUAUAUUUACCACCUAUCGUUAGCAAUA